CUAAUCCUUCAUAAAGAGAAUAUUAGACUUAAAGCAAUCUACAAAAUAUACCCAAAAAAAAAGGGAAAAAAAGUAUGAAGUUGAAUUCAAAGAGAAUUUCAAGAAGCUUUUCACGAUUAUGCAAUGUUGGUGGACGCAGUGGUGGUGGCAACAAUAACGAUGAUGGUAUUGUUAAAGGAUGUGACAAGAGGAGAGACGUACUUGUUAUUGGAACUGAUGAAGUUAAGUGGGAAGUGCGUCCCGGUGGGAUGCUCGUGCAAAGAAGAGAGAUAGUGGGCGAAAGUGUUGCCGAUGGGGUUAUUAGUGUACGGGUCACAAGUGUUUCAGAAUGGCAUGAUAUAUCUAUUCAAGCAACUUCGACUUUUGGAGAACUCAAGAUGAUAUUAUCAAAGGUUACAAGCUUGGAUGCAAAAGAACAAAGACUAUUGUUCAAAGGCAAAGAAAGAGAUGAUGUAGAACAUUUACACAUGGUUGGUGUCAAAGAUAAUGACAAAGUCUUGUUGUUACAAGAUCCAUCCAUCAAGGACAAGACUCUUCGCGGGUUAGCCAAGCCACCUCCAUACCGUACAAUUACCGUAUAAAUAUACAACUAAUACAUACCAAUAAAAUUCCUAAUAGUAUAUAUGUGGGAGUAAAUUUUAUGUCUCCAAAUACAACUAAGUUCUUUUGAUUUGUAGCGGAUUUAUUUAUAUUUCUACUAACGAGGCCCUCUUAUUUAACAAUGGCGAUGUUAAUUGUAUGUGUUUUGUGAUCUUAAUUAGAAGAUGGUUAUUUUGUAAAAUACCCUUCUUACUUUCGAAGGGUGAUGUUUACUUGUAAGUAUUGUA